CCACAAAUCACCACUCCUUUGCUGCCAUGCGAGCCUGGCUUUUUGUAGCAAAUAGUUAAAUGCUUGCACCUCGCCCACCAUGGAAUCUUAUUCCAGAUACCAACACUCACCACAACGGCGCGCCGCGAGCUCAGAGCAGUCCCAGCCGCCCAUGGCACAGUCGAGCAGCAAUAAUCCCGGUGCGGCUGGGGAGGCCUCUGGUGGCCGGGCUUCAUCGGGCUCCGUGAGGUCUUCGGCACCCAGAACGUCGCCUGACAAACAACUCUCCCAGAUCGAGAAGAGCGUCACACAUCUUCUGGUGGCCACAAAGGAGCUGCUCGAGACGCUGACUCAAUGGUCAAGAGGCCAGGCAUCCGAAGUGAAGGUUUCCGACGUAUAUGUCCGCCUUGGCUACGAGUUUAACCUUGCCUGUCGGGCUUUCGGGGCCAUCGGAGUUGAUACUACAGAUCUCGGUCCUGUCCCUGACCUGUUGCGAACCAUCCUUGAGGACACCCUGAGCCAAGAUGCCUCCACCGAAUCUCUAAAUCGAUAUCUACCGCGCAUACGCGAUAUCAUCAUCAACCUGCUUCACGGUUUGAAGCGUAAGCAAGCAAAGCUACGAUCAAGGCAGGCAAGGGGUGGACCGCGCCAGGGAAGCCAAGGAAGCAUUGCCAGCGGAGAGAAUGCUAUACCGCCGGCAGCGGAUGAACUUCCUCCGCAGCCUCCGCAGAAUCGUCCUCCAGAUGCACGGCAGAGCACACCAUACGCCGACGAUCAAGCGUCCGUGGCAACUCGAAAUACAUCGUCCAAUUGGCCUACUGACCGCCAGGGUGGGUCAUUUUCAGAAAGAGAUGCGAUCAGAAGGGAGGCACAGCGUGCGAUCGCCACGUCUGUCUCGUCGUCAUCGAUGUCCAGUUCCACGAUGCAGAAUAUGCCCGUUCUACAGCCCUACGACCAAGACUCCGUGACUGCUCGCCCCCAAUCACCCGCUAGCCAGAAUCAUAUUCACGGCUUUCCUCACCCACCUCCCCCGCCGCCAAAAGCAAACGAUGCCAUCGGAAUGCUGCAGAGGAGCGGCGAGCUGGAACGCAGGGCUUCGCGAAGAUUCUCUGCGUAUCAAAUACAGAAGCAUCUUGGUCCCACAAAUGGCCUUCCAGUCCUACCAUCUUCUCAAUCGUCACAGCUGAAUAGUCGUGGGCGUGAUGUACGUGAGUCAAUGAACGCAGUGCGCCUUCGUGGUCCUGCUCAUGGCCGAAAACAAUCAGGUCAUCGUCGAGUGGGCGAUAGCACCAGGCCUCCCACGACACCCGAACCUUCGGUGAUAGCCAAAAUAGAACCACCACCAGAACCCGUUCCAGAAGACAGCCCAACAGCGAAAACUCCAACGGACAAGGUCCGUCCUUCACGUGACAUUGAACAUAGGGAUACCCCAAUCGUGGAUAAACCUGUUCCCAGCCUACCACAAAUUCCCGAACGAGACUCUCUUCAAGAGGGAGUAGACAAGGCCAGCAAACAGGAGACCGAUCAUGGAGGGACAAGAACUGUGUCGAUGGACUCGCAGAACUCACGCCCCGCUCAGUUCACCCCGGAUAUGUCGCCGCCACCGUCAAGCAAAGAGGUUACUUUGUUCCUGCAAUACAAGACGAAAAUCAAAAAAUAUGUCCUCGCGGAAGGUUAUGCUGGCUUAACUAUUGGGAGACUCCAACUAGCAUUUAUUGAGAAAUUCGCGUGGAAUACACAUAAUAACGGUGUGGAUCUCCCCGAAAUUUAUAUCCAGGAUCCGAUUUCCGGUGUACGCCACGAGUUAGAAGAUCUUAACGAUGUGAAGGACAGGUCAGUUCUUGUUCUAAACGUCGAGGCCCUUGAUGAAGUCAAAAAGCACAUUGACGAAAGCGUCGGUGGUGUUCGACGUCUAAUUGAAGGGGUGCGGGAUACCAUGGACAACCAAGCUGCCUCUAUCCAGCUGCUGACCGACCGUCAGCAACAAGCAGCCAAGGAGAUCGCCCGUCUCGCUGCGGGUCCAGCACCUCUCUCAUCAGCAAAUGGACAGUCACUCACAUCGACUGCCAAGGGCAGUUAUGUGACAGAGAUACAAAGUCUUCGUCGCGAUCUUGCCGUUCUUCGCCAGACUUAUUCCAAUUUCUCCUCCGACGUCUCAGCAUCUAUGAACAACGUUCGAACAAAAGCCAAUGCUGUGAAGACCGUAGCUACUGAUAUGAGUGUACCCUCGUAUGAAGGGGAUGCGGGCCGGGCUCGUGUCAAUGCAGGGAAGAAGGAACUUGCUGACGAAUCCGAGAAACUCGUGGCUCGGGUUGAUGAUCUACAGGACCUCGUAGAAGACCUUCGCAAGGACGUCGUAACCCGCGGUGUACGGCCAUUGCCAAGACAAUUAGAAGCCGUUGGCCGCGAUAUUAGCGCCGUGACCAAGGAGCUUAAGAAAAUGCAGGACUUCCUUAAGCGCGAGAAGCCUAUCUGGACAAAGAUCUGGGAGAAAGAACUGCAACAAGUGUGCGAGGAGCGAGACCAACUCACAAUGCAGGAAGAUCUUGCCGUUGAUUUAGAAGAUGAUCUGGAGAAAGCUACGCAAACGUUUGCGUUGGUCGAACAAGCGACUAAACAACAAGCCCUUCAGUCGUCGAAUCCUGACGGCAACGCCACAGUUGUUAGUUUUAGGGUUGCGUCGCGAACACUUCCCUUAGAUCCAUCUAUAGAUCCGGUAAAGGCAAAAGAUAGCGUCCUAGGAGAAGUCCGAGCUCUCCAACCGAACCACGAGAACCGUGUCGAGGCCAUCGAGCGAGCAGAAAAGGCAAGACAGAAGGAACUGGAGAGCCGACGUAUCGGCCAAUUCCAAAAAGAACUCGGAGCCUUUGUCGAAGGAGGAAAACUAAAGAAGAGCGGAGGAUUCGAAGAAGCGGAGCGUUUGAGAAAAGCUAAGGACGAAAAGAUUCGAAAGGAGGUGUGGGAGCGUAUGCAGGGGUUGAAUACCGGAGACACUGAGGAAGAACAACCCGCUCCCCAGACCCCAAAGGAAGAGUCCCCACUUGAGAACGGAGAGCCAGACACUUCAGCCCUAAAGCAAGAUGAAGAACCGGAGAAUGCCGCGGAUGUCAGAAAUGAGGUCGAUGCUCCUGCUGCCCCUUCUUCACCUCCGGCCAACACCACACCUGAAAGCCCAAAGAGUGCUUCGGGCGGAAACAGGUCAUCGUCUGGUCCUGGUAUGUCUGAACAGGACGAACAGGCACAGUGA